GUCGCUGCUUCAGACCAGUCGCAACUCACCCGCUGCACUGGCUCCACUUCGAGUCGAUUUUUCCAGAGUUCUCCAGCUUUCGUUUUUGGCCCCUCACAUAAUGCCAAAUUAUGCAACUGCCGCCUGCUGUUGGCAGUAGGAGAAAAACAAAAAAUAAUAAAGUAUUCCGUGUAAUGAGCAAGCGAUAAACUGUUUAACCGUUCCCCCUUUGGACCCAAAACUGUUCCCUGCGUCAGUCAGCAACAUGUGGGCGCUGUGACGUGCAUUCGGAUGAGGCCUAUACCCCAGUGACAGAACCAGCUCAUUGUUAUGCCCUGGAGUGCCUAGGAAAAUCACCAGUACUUUGCGUAAAACUAGCAGAAAAAUCACACGGAAUAUGCAUUAAUCUUCGGGGACUUUACUCAAAUCGACUCAUGCGAUGGCAAUGGAGGAUCGCAAUCGUAUAUGGACCACCGGCAACAUUAAUCAUGGCUUCUUUGGGGAUAAUCUGCAGCAGCAGCCACUGCCACUUCAGAGAUUGCAGACACCGGGUAACCUCAGCCUUCUUUCGGCACCGAUUCGAGCCAAUGGCAGUGGCCAUGGAAAUGGUAACGCCACUGCCAAUGGAAAUGGACAUGGAAAUGGUCAGAGUUCGGCGACGGAGAGUGCAAAUGGAAAACAGCUGCCCUACGAGCCCAUCUCCCCCAAUCUAAUUGGCAUUCAAUCCAAGUUUCGUCGGAGUUACUACCACAAAGUGGUUCUAGGUGGACUCUUGGCUCUGGUAAUCAUUCUGCUGAUAGCAAUCAUAGUCGUAAGCGUAGGCCUUAAGAAAACCAGCUCGAUUUGCCGGAGCAAGGAGUGCAUCCGCACAGCGGCCAGCCUCAUAUAUGCGAUGGACGAGCAGACUGAUCCCUGCGAGGACUUCUACCAAUUCACCUGCGGCAGGUGGGCCAACGAGCAUCCGCGACCGGAUUCGGUGACCUCGAACGAUUGGUUCCGGGAGCGACAGGCGCACAUAAUGCGGGUGGUGCGUGAGUUUCUCCGCUCGAAUAUCACCAAAACGGAACCGGAAGCGGUCGGCAAGGCGAAGACAAUGUAUAGAGCCUGUAUGGAUACGAAGUUACUAGACACGCGGGAUCUGGAGCCCCUAGUUGGUUACCUACUCCGCUUCGGGUUGCCCAUCCUGCCCUCCGCCUUAAAUCUCACCCUGGGGAGUGGUUCCAAAUAUUCCGCGGAGGCAUCUAACAUCAGCUACAAUUGGCUGCAGUCCAUUGUGGCCAUCAAACAACAUCUGAGUAUGGACCUAAUCAUAGGAUUCGAUGUAUUUCCGGAUCCCUUUAAUCGCACCAUCAAUCGCAUUGCUUUGGGAACUCCAGAGACUGACUCGGCAUUUCCUUUCAACAACGAUGACUCGCACAAGUUGCUGCGUAAGAUUCAUAGGAAAACCAUUUUCAUGCAAAACAGCGACGAUGAGGACGACAGUGAGGAGGAUCGGGAAAGCGAGGAGGAGGAGGCAGCCAAGCAAACGAGCACGGGAAUGUCGGCCUAUCUCCACUACGUUCGAAAAGUCAUCGAAAAGUAUCUGCUAUAUGUGGAUCCGAAUGUAAACCAGGAUGAGGCCACUCUGGGCAUCACCGAGUUGGUGAAACAGGGCGUUAAGGUAGCCAGAAAGGUGCAUCAGUUGAAAGAGGAUGCUGAAAACAUGACCAAGCCAUCGAAAAACCCGGCAGAUGACAUUAUCUACAUUUCCCUGACGGAUCUGCAGAAUCAAACUGAUAAAAAUAUUGCCCCCAAGACGCUGCCCAUUUGGGUUCGCUAUAUGGAACUGAUCCUAAAGGGAACCCGUCAUGCGGCUAACACCCAAAUGACUCGGAAUUUGACCAUAAUAACCAGUCAGGCGGAUAUAAUGUAUCUCCAAAAUGUGGUGGAGUAUCUGGAGGAGACGCCAGCCUCCCAUAUCGAAUCCUAUCUUUUUCUGAGUACCAUCGAGGAGCUGGUGCUGCACACGUCGAGUUCGAUGCGGUUGCUCCAUUCGGAAUACAUGAGGGUGGCCAUUGGAACGGAGGGCAGCACACCGAGAUCCUUGUACUGCGCCAAUGGAGUGAAUAGUCUGUUUGGAAUGGCAGUGAGUUAUGUCCUGGCGGAUGAGGAAUUCACCAGGGAUAAGUUGCCCAAAGUUGAGCGGAUGCUAAGCGAUAUACGACGAUCCUUUGAUCGCCUGGUGAAGUCCACUUCAUGGAUGGAUGCUGCCACCAAGAGAAAGACCAUCCAAAAAUCUGCCGAGAUGAAGAGCUUCAUUGGUUAUCCCUCUUGGCUGCGAAAUGCCACCGUCUUGAAUAAGUAUUACGAGGGUGCGGAGGUGAAUGUGAGCACCCACCUGGAGAACCUCAUGGACUUUGUCCAUUGGCAGAUGCUGGACAAACUGAACGAAAUGGAUAAGCCAGAGCCCAUUGGCUGGGCGACUUCGCCUUCGAAUGUGAAUGCCUUUCACACAUUUCAAUCGAAUGCAAUCACUGUGCCCAUUGCCAUAUUGCAAUACCCUUUUUACGACCUUGGUCUAGAGGCGCUCAAUUAUGGCUCAAUUGGCACCAUCCUGGGCCACGAACUCACCCACGGAUUCGACGACAGCGGCAGGCGAUUCGAUCGGGCAGGGAACAUGGUCGAGUGGUGGUCCAACAAGACCAUCGACGAGUAUGUCAAUCGCACCGAAUGCUUUGUGGAGCAGUACAGUCGCUACCACCUGGCGGACAUUGAUGAAUAUAUUGAUGGCGAAUUGACGCUGGGCGAGAAUAUCGCUGAUAAUGGGGGAAUGCGAGAGGCCUUUUACGCAUACCGCCUCUAUGUGAAGGAAGUGGGUCGCGAGAAGUCCAAAUUGCCGGGAUUGGAGCACUAUUCCCACGAGCAGCUCUUCUUCAUAUCAUUUGGAAAUCUGUGGUGCGAGACCUACACGCCGGCAGCAUCGCGAUACGCCCUCAGUGAUUCCCAUUGUCCAGGACAAAUGCGUUUGAGAGGAGUUCUUUCGAACUCUGAAGAAUUCGCCAGGACCUUUAAGUGCGCCCGAGGAUCCCCAAUGAAUCCCAACCAGCCCAAGUGCCGCAUUUGGUAAUGGAUAUUUGUAUGUGCUCAACAAACAAGCAAUUGAAAACAGGAACAGUCAAGUGAUUUUUCUACCCAUUUGUACUUAAGUUAGCCAUAGAUUUAGAUCAAUUAUACAGGUGUCUUUUGCACGUUUUCGGAUGGUGGUGCAAUAAAUAUAAAUGGUAAACGCUUCUCGAUCGAAACCCCUCCGAGCUCACAGCUCAAUUGUAGGCUACUUUUUAAGUGUAAAAGUAAAAAAAUUCAAAUUACCAUGGCAUAAUUCUGGGCUUUAUUUAAACUUACUUUGUACGAUCAAAACAUUUGCAUGUGAAUAUAUUUGUAUAUACUUUCAA